AUGGAAUAUAUUAAUCCAUUAAUUCAACAAACACAACAAACAACUGAAUUAAUUAAUCGUUUUAAUGAAGAAACUCGUUUAGAAGAAAAAAAAUUAGAAAAAUCUAAAGCCCCAAGAACUUUUAAUGCAUUAUCAAUUCAAUGUACACUUCCAUCAAAAUAUGAUGAAUUAGAAAAUCUUUCAUCAUUAUCUUUUCUUGUUAAAUAUACAAAACCAUUAGCUAAUCGGCAACAAAUUAUUAUGAAAUUAAUACGUAAAAUUCAACCUGAUACAGCAAUAGAUAUUGAUGAUGCAAAAGAUAUUGUUUUCGAAUAUUUUAAUCAAUAUAAAACGCAUGAAGAUAUAAAUGAACUCUUUCAUUUUCUUAAUAUUAAUUCAUUAAAUAAAUUUCAAUCAAAAGAAAUUAUUAUUAUUUGUUGUUAUGCUGAAAGAUAUUUUCUUCAUAAAUUAAAUAAAAAUGAAAAUAUUCUAUUUCAACGACCAUUACAAGAAAUAAUUGAUUUUGAAUUUUUAAAAAGAAAAUUAGAUGGAUUAAAAUUAACAGAUGAUUUAAAAGAUUUAAUUAAGACUUUGGAAGCACCAAAUAUUAAAUAUCUCAAUAUGGAUUAG